CUUGUUGUUGUUAUUCAUUUUACUGUAAUAUCGAUAGACCUAUCUAAUUUAUUUUGUUGAUUCAUAAGUAAACUAUAAAUACUAUAAUUUAUUUGGUAAAAAUGUAUUUGAAUUCAUUUAAUAUUUUGGUUCUGAAUAUUUAGUAUGUUAGAAAGUAAACAAACAUAACCUUUGACAAUAACAUAAAAAGUAACAAACAUAACCUAAAAAUUCCGUCCAUGUUAUAAGCCAACAAAUUUAGACGCAAUGGCAGUAGUCCAGAACUCAAGAGCUGCAAAGUGUGCGAGGAGAGGAUUGGAAGAGGAUGAAGCUCCAGAACACGUUCCAUCAGCUGGUGAGCUCUUAAUAAAACAGCUGGCUCAGAAGCAAACCAACACCAACAUCAGUCUUGAAGAGCAAUUAAAAUAUGAGAAGAAAUUUGAACGUGGAGUUGGAUGUGUAACGAUUGGAGAAUUUUCACCCGGAACCAGCACCUUACAAGAAUUUGAAAAACGAAAACUGAGAGCUGAAAAAAUACAAGAAUUUAAGAGUCGAGAAUUGACUAGGGACGAUGCAAACGCUGUAACAAGCAACUAUAGCGAUUGUAAAGCAUCUCCUGUGGCUGUCACUGCCUCUAGCCGGCAUGCUCAGCAGAUUGAAUCCAACAAGUCAAGUAGUGACCAAUCACUGAGUCGGAGAGAUAUGGAACUGGCCUAUAGUGUAAAGCCGAACUCUCUAGAGACCCGACUGUACAAGUUUGCGAUGGAGAACACCCGAGGCACUGUCCAGAAGACACCCGAGCCUCUGGGUCACCCGAUCCACAGUUUGGGUGAGAUGGAACUGGCGUUGACCCGAGAGGCUGAGGCGGACCCUCAGAAACUGGCGAAGACAGUUAGACGGAAGCGGAGACAAUUGGUAGAGGCGAUGGAAGAGCCAACCGUGGUACACUACAAGCCUCCCAAACCACACAGUUCUCUAUGGGAUUGUAUAGAACCUCCCGUGAUCCUUCCUAAGCCCACCAGGAUCGCCACUUGCAAGAGAGAAACUUUCUUCACCGUGAAAAACGGACAAAUCGUCCCUCUCGACAGCAAAGAUAAACUCCAUACACCUGAAGUGAAAGGCACGGAGAGAUUGGCGGGUGAGCCGUUUGUAGCACUGGAACUUCCCACUCAGAAUCUGGACGUUUCUGCUAGACUUACGGAGCAGGAGAUACGGAAUCUUCCGAGGUUUCACAACUAUCAACGUGGUCCUGUUUCUAAGAUAUUGUAUGUAAAAAAUCUCAACAGUAAUGUCACAGAAGAUGAUUUGAUUGCAAUAUUUGCAAAAUUUCAAGAGCAAAAUGAAGAUAAAAUAAUUUUUCGGUUAAUGACUGGGAAACUGCGAGGUCAAGCAUUUGUAACUUUUAGAAGUUGUGAAGUUGCCACAAAAGCUUUGGAGGAGGUCAAUGGAAUUGUUGUGAAAGGGAAGCCAAUCAUCAUCCAAUAUGGCCGAAACCAAACAUGAGGUUGUGAUCUAUUCCCUCGUGGAAUAAUAAUGGUUCUUUCUUCAGAAGACAAACGAUUUUACACAGCGAAAACCUUGGUCUUACUGAAAAUAUAAUCCUUCCGGGAGGAUACACUUGCCAGUCAAAACAACCGAGUUGGUACUUUUGAUUUUUGAUUGUAAAACUGGUAUUAAACGGGUAACCCGAGUAGUGCCAACAUAAUUCACAUGCAACUUUCAAGCACUGCAACACUCGACUGCUGACAAAGUACAAUAGAAAUGAUGCACACACGCUCCCGUUGCUGGAUGUUUACUGAGUGUAGGAACGCUCAGAUACUAAGAUGGCUUUGGCACCGCCCCAAGCAAUGCUAAUGCGAAACGUCUGCUAUUUCAUUGACAGCCCUAGCAGUUUUUAACUGUUUUCAGACCUUACAAAUAUUGUAGAAAGCAAUGUAUUCAAGAAAUAUAAUUUUAAUUUUUUUUUUAAGUCUCGAUAGUUUCCCAUCUAUUAUAAAAUUUAGUUGCGCCAUAGAAAAAUGUACCAGUUAUUGAGUUUAAAAAUGUAUUAUUUAUAAUUCUUUUAUUGUAGUUUCAAAGUUUUUCUUCAAUGUCUAAAGCUAAUCUUUUACUUAACA